AUGUCCACACUCGCCGAACUUCCCCUCGACGUGACCUUCUCCCCCAUCAAGGAGUCGGACGUCUCCCGCGAGAUGACCACCCGCUACAUGCAGGACAUGCUCGACUACGCUGACGUCGAUGUCGUCAUCGUCGGUGCUGGUCCCGCUGGUCUCAGCGCCGCAUAUGAGUUCACCAAGCACCCCGAGAUCAAGGUCGCCUUGAUUGAGGCCUCUGUCGCGCCCGGUGGUGGUGCGUGGGUUGGUGGACAGCUGUUCACGCCUAUGGUAGUCAGGAAGCCCGCCCACCUUGUGUUGGAUGAGCUGAACAUUCAGUACGAUGAGAAGGAGCACUACGUUGUCUUGAAGCACGCUGGUCUGUUCACGGCCACCAUCCUCGCCAAGGUGCUUGCCUCCCCUAACGUCAAGCUCUUCAACGCUACCUCCGUUGAGGACCUGAUCAUCCGCGGUGACUCUGUCAAAGGUGUUGUUACCAACUGGGCUCUUGUCACCAAGGCCCAUGGCACCCAAUCCUGCAUGGACCCCCAAGUGAUCGAGUCCAAGAUCGUCGUCUCCUCCUGCGGCCACGACGGACCGUUCGGCGCCACCGGCGUGCGUCGCCUCGCCGAGCUCGGCAUGAUCGAGAAGCUCCCCGGUAUGCGCGCUCUCGACAUGAAUGCGGCCGAGGACGCCGUCGUUGCCAAGACUCAGGAGAUUGUCCCCGGUAUGAUUGUGACUGGUAUGGAGGUUGCUGAGGCCUAUGGUACCUCCCGUAUGGGUCCUACUUUCGGCGCUAUGCUCAUGUCCGGCCGCAAAGCCGCCCACCUCGCCCUCUCCAAGCUCAACAAGCAGAAGGCCGUCGGCAAGUAG